AUGCUUCCAAGUUUCACCCGUAAACCCGCCGACCACCCAAUCGGUUACCUCGUGGCCCUUUCGGGGUUGUUGAUGCAACUGAUGUCAUAUGGUAUUGACAACAGUUAUUCCAUUUUCUCAGAGGAUAUGCACAAUGAUCCGUCACUUGGGUUUCCCUCCAUAACGGCAAUUAGUCUUGGAAAUUCCGUUUCGUUGGGGCUUUCACCUGCCUUUGGUGUUCUCGCAGGAUUUUGUGUCGAUCGGCUCCCGCCGCGGUUCAUGAUGGCGCUUUCCACCAUUUUGCUCUUCACUGGUUUGUGGAUCAGUUCAACCCUCGCCGCGAACAUUUAUGUUGUAACUUUUACUUACUGCCUUUUUGCAUCUAUUGGUACGGCAUGUAUGUUAUCACCUGGGGCUGCUGCAACUAGUUCUUGGUUCAAUCGUUAUCAGGGACUGGCUAUGGGAAUUAACUUUGCUGGUGGAGGUAUUGGAAGUGCCAUUAUUCCACCAUUAGCAGGGAAAUGGGUUGUUGCAUAUGGCUGGCGUAAGGCUUUUCAACUUAUGUCGAUAUUUUGUGCGAUUGGAGUGCUCGCAACCGCCCUUUCCGCUCGCCGCCGUGAACCCAAAAGAGACGACAGCAGCGCUGAUGAUGAAACCCGGGAAGGAAAUAAAUCCGGUAAUGGAAGUUUGGUCAGAAGAAGUAAUGAACCGGCAACUGUGGGGGGAGAAGGAGCAGCGAAUAAUGGACACAAUGAAGGUAAAGAAGACGUGAGGGAAAUGGGCAGGAAAAAUGGCAGCCAUACCAACACCUCAAAGGUUCCACCUAACGGGAGGGGUGUGGGCACGAAUCAGCAAAAUGGGAAUGAUGGUGAGGGUUUGGACGUUACUGAACAAAGUCAAAGGAACAACACCUUUGCAUCUGCUAUUGAUGUUGAUAUGGAUACAAGUAUGGAUGCAGACGAACCACAGGUAAUACGCAGUCUCCACACCCACAAGCUCACACCAUGGGAACUAUUCCUCUCUAUGUUUACUCUCCCUUUCAUGGGUAACUUUCUUUGCUGGUUCAUAUACAGUUGGGCUUUUUACUCGCUCAUUUACGCAGCCGUGCCUUACAUUUCGUCUAUGGGUAAACCAGGCACUGUUUAUGCAGGUGUACCGCCCAUUCCAACUGAUGUUGCCGCCACCCUCUUCACUUUUUAUGGUGUCUUUCAAGUUGUUGGUUCCGUACUUGUUGGUUGGCUCGCCUCAUUAGUUACUGCUGAAUUUGCAUAUGUUUUCUGUGCUACUGUUGGUGGUAUCGGUUGUGGCCUUCUCGCCCUUGGCCGCAGUUACGUUGCCUUUGCGUUGUUGCUUUGCAUCAUUGGUUUCUGCAUGGCGGGUAUGUUUGCCGUGAUGCCAACUCUUAUCGCUACGCAUUUGUAUGGACCUAAUUUGGGUUUUUAUUUUGGUGCUGUAUUUCUCGCAGGUGUGGUGGGUGGUUUUGUGGCACCUCCCAUGCAAGCAACUAUUCAACUUCGUAAUAAUGGGAGUUAUGCGUUUGUGUGUGUUGUGAUGAGUGUUUCCAUGACAUUAUCAGCGCUUGUGUGUUACGCAACAUUAUGGCGUUCCAAGCGGUCCGGUAUUGUUUUGGCGGCACGGAAGACAAAACUUGUUGAGAUUAUGUGA